GUUCUCGGUUACGUUUUUUUGUGGCGAGGUGAAGAGAGGGAGGGACUUUUCUCGCCGUGAUACUUCAGCUUUAAAGGCUGCUGAGCAACGUCUGCAUAUGAACGGCUUAGAUGCCAAGAAUUGAAGUAAAAUUUCGCUCAUUUAAAAAAAAUCUGGGACAGCUCUCAGGUGUGAUCUUGGGUGCUGCCAUCUAUAAUGGAAAACUCUACUGAUGACUACAGGAUCCAGUCAUUUGACCUGGACACACAGAUGUUGUUGAAAACAGCAUUGAAAGAUCCAAGUUCAGUGAACCUGGAGAAGGUAUCCAGUAUCAUCGUAGAUCAGUCUUUGAAGGACCAGGUGUUCAGCAAAGAGGCUGGACGCAUCUGCUACACCAUCGUGCAGGCCGAGGCCAAGCAGAGCAACGGAAAUGUGUUCAGGAGGAGCUUGUUGAACCGGCUCCAGCAGGAAUUCAAGGGCCGUGAGGAAACGAGGGGGCGCUCGCUGCAGGAGUGGGUGUGCUAUGUCACGUUCAUCUGCAACAUCUUCGACUACCUCAAAGUGAACAACAUGCCGAUGGUGGCUCUGGUCCAUCCUGUGUUUGACUGUCUGAUUAGGCUGGCCCAACCCGAUGCUCUGAUGAAUGAGGAGGAGGUGGACUGCCUGGUGCUGCAGCUGCAUCGCAUCGGAGAGCAGCUGGAGAAGGUAAACAGUCAGCGGAUGGACGAGCUGUUCUUCCUGCUGCGUGACGGCUUCCUGCUUCAGGAGGGCCUGACCUCCAUGACCCGCCUGCUGCUGUUGGAGAUCCUGGAGUUCAGGGCCGGAGGCUGGAUGCUCAGCAGCACUGCCCACAAGUACUACUACAGUGAAAUUGCCGACUAGGAUUGUCGCAGGGUGCUGAGCAGCUGUUUCAUACAGGUGCGUUCGCCAGCCGUCAAACACCUUGGAUGACUCUCCAUAGUCGCCACUGAUUAUAAAACCAGCAUUUUCAUGUCGGACAGCGACAUCCUCCAGGAAAUCAGCGGAGGGUUUUGUGAAGAUAGUGGUUCAUAAACUGUAAAAAGACUUUGAUUUUGCUGGAUUGUUCCCUGCUUGUGAUAAUAUUUACCGAGACGUGGUGCCGUGUAGGUGGAACGUGCAAUAGUUGAGAAGAAGUUAAGUUAACGAGGUUUAGCCACAUUCAGGUACACUUUGUUUAAAAGGAGUUUCUUUUAAAGUUUGCUUACAGAUAAAGAAGCCGAAUAUAUUUUUUAUGGGUUUUUUUUAAUCUUGCAGGCAUUCCUGUUUUGAGUCCAACUUAUUACUUUUGACCAAAUCCAAAGGGCUUGAAACAGACAUUCCAUUCAGAAGCAAGCUGAUUUGGUCUUUUUUACUUUUUUUUUUUUUUUUAUUGUUGUGUGACCAACUUUUUAAUUUAAUUGAAAACCAAUAUUUGAAUUACUUAGAAUUAUUUUAGUGUAGAACUGAUCUUUUACAAAAGGUUUGAACUGCAGUUCAGAGGAAUUUUUGCCUAACUUGUCUUGUAGGAUUCCUGUUACUGUUUUGUUGCCUCUCAGUAUUUGAGGAUCAGUUGUCAGAAGAAGCGUUGUCUUAAUUCAGGGAUCUUCUUUUAAUUUUUUUUACAACUCAAAUAAAAUACCAAGAGAUUAGUUACA